AUGAAGGACUUAUACACGUUCGACGUCUCGCCAGAGGCGGCUUUGGAGACCUACAACCAAGUCCAGGCAGCCUACAAGGGUGUGUUCAAUGCUCUUAAGCUGCCAGUGAUAGUGGCGAAGGCUAGUUCUGGCGACAUGGGAGGAGAUAUCAGUCAUGAAUACCAUCUGCCAACCCCCGUUGGCGAGGACACUGUUAUCACCUGUGAUGCUUGCGACUACACAGCCAAUACCGAGAUUGCAGAGACUCGAGCAGGCACUACUGAACAUAUCACGACCGCAAACACUGAAGUCUCCGCAGCAAAGGUUUGGCGAGGCAUUAGCAAGGACCACGCAACCCUGGUCAACGUCUGGUACCCGGGGGAGCUCCUAGGUGAGCUGGGCGUGGAAGAAAUGCAUGACGUGGAUGUCAGCAUACCGGCCGUCAAAGCUGUCAUCCCCGACCUGGACGCCAGCAUCGAUGAUGCAAUGUCUCUCUGGGAAAAGGCUGUCGCACCCGAGUCUAUGAGUGGGGAGAGAAUGAAGAGGCGUCCAACGCUAAUCAAUCUGGUGGACUUCAGGUUAGCGAGCAAGAAGGAUGAGCUGCUUCAUCAGCAAGGACGACUAUGGCCUUUAUUACAAUCUGCCACAGUGAUGCCCGAGAUAGACAUCAUCACGGUCGCGAAGGGCAGCGAUGGCCAAGGACUGAACGUCCUUGCCGCUCGUUCGGGCGACAGAUGCCCCAGCUGCGAUGGUGGUAUCCUGAAGACACGGAAAGCCUUGGAAGUGGGUCACACUUUCCACCUAGGAACACGAUACUCAGAACCUCUCGGUGCGACUGUCUCUAUUCCUGCUGGCUUGGAUUCCGGCAGUGACUCGGACGUGCAAGCAGUGGCGGAGAGGGCAUCGGCAAUGCAAAUGGGCUGUCACGGCAUCGGCGUGUCUCGACUGAUCGGUGCUGUUGUUGAGCAUCUGGCAGACGAAAAAGGGUUGCAAUGGCCUCGAGCCAUCGCUCCGUAUGAGACGGUCAUCGUUCCGGCAACAGACUUGGCCGAAGAGGCUGCCAGGGCAUAUGACGAGAUUACAAACCCCGCGGACGGCUCAGUGGGCAUAGAUGCGGUAUUGGACGAUCGCAAGGUGUCUUUUCCGUGGAAGUUGAAGGAUGCCGACCUCGUUGGGUACCCAGUUGUCGUCGUUCUUGGCAAGGUCUGGAAGCAAACUGGCAACUGCGAGAUACAAUGCAGAAGGCUAGGCAUCAAGGAGACAGUGCCACUCGCAGGGCUUCGUCAGCGUGUGUCACAAUUACUGGAGCAAUUGUGA